GUAGGUGUCACUUAUAUCACAAGGCUACAGGUGCCUUUAUUUCUACCGUCCGCUGGUGUUGGGAGCACGCCUGCCUUCUCUUGCCCUGAAAGCCUUCUGUCUGGACCUAGCCGCCACUUGUCUUCACGGUGAUGUUGGACUCCGUAACCCAUAGCACCUUUCUGCCCAACACAUCCUUCUGUGACCCCCUGAUGUCUUGGACCGAUUUGUUCAGCAAUGAAGAAUAUUACCCUGCCUUUGAACAUCAGACAGCCUGUGACUCCUACUGGACAUCAGUGCACCCUGAAUACUGGACCAAGCGCCAUGUCUGGGAAUGGCUCCAGUUCUGCUGCGAUCAGUACAAGCUGGACGCCAACUGCAUCUCCUUCUGUCACUUCAACGUCAGCGGCCUGCAGCUCUGCAGCAUGACGCAGGAGGAGUUCAUUGAGGCAGCCGGCAUCUGCGGGGAGUACCUGUACUUCAUCCUCCAGAACAUUCGCUCCCAAGGUUAUUCCUUUUUCAACGACGCUGAAGAGACCAAGACCGCCAUCAAAGACUAUGCUGACUCCAGUUGCUUGAAGACAAGUGGCAUGAAGAGUCAAGACUGUCACAGUCGAACAAGCCUCCAAAGCUCUCACCUGUGGGAAUUUGUCAGAGAUUUGCUUCUGUCUCCUGAAGAAAACUGCGGCAUCCUGGAAUGGGAAGACAGGGAGCAGGGUAUUUUCCGAGUGGUUAAGUCAGAAGCCCUGGCCAAGAUGUGGGGACAAAGGAAGAAGAAUGACAGGAUGACAUAUGAGAAGCUGAGCAGAGCCCUGAGAUACUACUAUAAGACGGGGAUUUUGGAGCGGGUUGACCGGAGGUUAGUGUACAAAUUUGGAAAGAAUGCGCAUGGGUGGCAAGAAGACAAACUAUGAUCUAUGCCGACACCAAGCUCCUUUGAUGGAUUUCUGUUGUUUGAAACAAUCAGAUCAAAAUAGACAGAUGAAAGUCUUCUCCUCCCCCCUCCUCCUCCCCCUCCUCCUCUUCAAAACCUGCAAACACGAUGAUAAAAUUUCUUCACAUCUCCACUUA